GCGUGUUGGACGUGCCUCGGCUCUCGACAGAAAGCAAAGAACUCGCAUCCGAAACCACAACCGAAACCCGUUUGUUCAUUCAUAAAUUCGCGACCGCGUCCUGAAAGGACAACGACAUCGCCAUCGCGUAGUAGAACGUGUGUGGUGUGUAGUGCAGGUGUUUGUGUGUGUGUGUCUGUGCGGCGGGCUGGCAGGAAAUAGCCAAAGCCAAGUGAUAGGGAAACACACAUAAUAAUUGCAAAGGACAACCAAUUUGGCUGAUGUCCAUUCAGUUGGCGGGGAAGGAGCUAAUGCACUCUCGCCCGGGAUAAAGUUGCUCCGCCAUUAAGGAGGCUUCCUCGGAAGGAACAUAUGCAAAUGUCAGCUUGUUAACGAUAAACGACAAAGUUGAAUGAUUGAGAUUGAAAAUGCAAAUUGCAUUGCCAGGCAACCGCGACUGACUUUCAAGUACUUGCACCACCGCCAGUGGCAACACCGCCCGACAGCUGCAAUCAAGUGUGUUGCCUGCACCACAAAUUAACCCACCGGCAGUGUCGGGUUUCGGGUGCCGAUACAACGAUAAAGCGCCGGAAAUGACACAGUCAAAAUGUAUCGCUGCAAAAAUUGGUUUUGUGCGCGCAGCAACAACAACAACUACGUCGAUGUGGCACUAAAUGAGCCACCGACAGCAACAACUACGCCCAAUACUCGCAACAGCAACAGCAAUAACAACAACAACCGCAGCAGCAGCAAAAGCAAUCAACAAGCAAACGCCACCGCAUCAACUCACAGAGCAGUAACCACUGCGAACCACCCCAACCACCCGAUACACCCCACCCACCCAAACCAUCCGGCAAACGAUGAUUCCUCGCCACAGGCGCAUGUGGUCACCUUUCUGGAGGACGCGGGCGGAGCCAGCGGGAGCAACGGAUCCGUGACCACCAGCCGGCUGGUCACCACCGCCGAGCUGCACCAGGCCCACAUGCUGGAGCACCACUCGAACCUGGACGCCAUCGAGCAGGCCGAUGACUUCAUCUACGGUCCGGGGGCAGGACUCUCAUUGUGCGACGACAGCCUGCCGUCGGCCAAGAACUGCUACCGCCUCGUCAUGCUGGGCUCAUCACGCGCCGGCAAGUCCUCGAUAGUAGCACGUUUCCUGGGCAAUCGGUUCGAGGAGGCCUACACCCCGACCAUCGAGGAGUUCCACCGCAAAUUGUAUCGCAUACGGAAUGAGGUCUUUCAAUUGGAUAUUUUGGAUACUUCUGGCUAUCAUCCGUUUCCCGCAAUGCGUCGUUUGUCAUUUCUAACUGGGGAUCUCUUCAUCCUCGUCUUCAGCAUGGAUUCGCGCGAGUCCUUCGAGGAGGUGGUGCGUCUCCGCGAGAACAUCCUGGAGACAAAGUGGGCGGCCCUAAAUCCAGGCUCCGGCUUUAAAAAGAAGAGUCUUCCCAAGAUACCGAUGAUACUGGCCGGCAAUAAAUGUGAUCGGGAUUUCAAAACUGUGCAGACGGACGAGGUGAUGGGCUACAUAGCCGGCCAGGACAACUGCUGCACCUUCGUGGAGUGCUCGGCCCGGCAGAACUACCGAAUCGACGAUCUCUUCUACGCCCUAUUUAUGGUCUCGAACCUUCCGCUGGAGAUGACCCCUAACCACCACCGCCGUCUGGUGUCCGUCUUUGGGGCACCGUCGCCCCUGCCCCCCCACGGAUCCGUUGUAGGCGGGACCAAGAAGAACGCCCUCUCCAUAAAAAGGCGGUUCAGCGAUGCCUGCGGGGUGGUCACCCCCAACGCCCGCCGGCCCAGCAUCCGCACGGACCUCAACCUGAUGCGGUCCAAGACGAUGGCCCUCAACGAGGGCGAGGGCGUGAGAGCGAGCUCGCGCUGGAACCGCUGCGUCCUGAUGUAGACGCAUCCUUUCAGUCCUUGGGGUCCCUGGCAGUGUGAUAGUAGUGCAGCGGACAGGUCACGGGCCCCGGGUCUCGGGGAAGGAGCAAAAAACUAAUUUUAAACGCAGCGUUUGGGUGAUUUCAAUUUUAUAGUGUAAAUACUCGUUUAGAGGGCCGCGCGACAGGUGCUGAAAGUUGAAAGUAUUAUAAUGAAUUAAUUAUGCAUUUAGCACUUUAUCGCAAACUAUGGACAAAGGCAAUGGCAAUGGCAAUGGCAACG